AUGUCGCACAUCUUUGGUUGCAAGCAGACGCCGCCCACGCCCCCCACCACCAGUGAUGAGGAAAGCUCAGGCAGCACCAGCGACGCCGAGACGAAGAAGAAGAAGGGGAACCGAGCCAUGGGGAAGAAGAAAUAUCCAAAGGCCAUCAAGUACUACAGCAAAGCCAUUAAGAUCGACCCGGAGAACGCCACGUACCAUUUGAACCGUGCGAUCGCCAAUUCGGCACUGGAGCUCUGGAAGGACGCGGAGCUGGAUGCGGCCAAGGCAGUGGAGCUAGCAGACCAACAGGCACCCGCCAAGAGCCACUACCAGCUGGUGCGCGCUCGCCUGCGGCGCGGCCGCUGCCUGGAAGCCCGGGAGGCACUGAAGCUGGGCCUGCAGCGCUUCUCGGAAGACAAGGCGCUACAGCAGCUGGGAAAGGAGGUCGACCGCGCCGUCGCGCUGUUGGAAGCGAAGAGGAGAAAGGAGGAGGAGGAAGAGGAGGAGCGUUCAGCAGCAAAGUCUGCCGGACCCUGUGGUGCCAAAGCCCUCACAGAUCAGGCCCGCCAGCUGUCCGAGCGGCAGCCCGAGGCGGCGCUUCCUCUCCUGGAGGAGGCCUUGCAGGCGGCCCGGCAAGCGCGGCAGCGGCGGGAGGAGAUCAACGCCCAGUCGUUGAUGGGGAAGGUGCAGUUGAAGCUGAGGCGCUGGGCCGAGGCCGUGGCCAGUUGGGAGGCGGUGGUUCAACUGGAAGGGGAGCAGUUCUCCAUGGAGGUGCUAGAAGAGCGCUUAGCUCUAUCCAAUGCUCAGAACAACUUGGGCAUUGCCCUGAAGAACGCCCAAAGGCUCGGCGAGGCCUCUUCUGCCUUUCAAGAGGCCUAUCGCUUGGCCACCAACGGGGAUGACAAGGUGGCGACCCAUCAGGCAUCACAGAUCCUGCAGAACGCUGCACAGUGCUUGCUGGCGCAGGGCCGGGCGGUGGAAGCGAAAGGCCUUUGCGAGCGAUCUCAGGAGAUUUGUUUGCGCCUCUUCGGCGAGAAGCAUGGCACCUUGGCCCUGGGACACUUGGCCCUGGCACGCUGCUGCCGGGCGGCAGGCGACCUGCGCGCGGCCAUCCAGAGCUAUGCCAAGAGCUUGGAACUCUUCGGAGAGAAGACCACUGAGGACUGCCUGGCGGAGCUGCCAGAGCUCCCGAACGCGCAACGACUGGAGCAGGUCUUGGCCACGGCGCGCCAGGAGCUCGCACAGCUAGUGCACCUGGCAGAACAGGCGAAGGCAUCAGCUGGAUAUGCUGAGGGCUGA